CUCUGAGUGUUCUCUUUGACGAAAGCAAGAUGUCUGCGUCCUGAGCGCAAUGUGAAAAUAAACUACCUGUGUACUUCUGACUAUAUGCAACCUUGAGACUUUUUAUAAGCCAAGGUUUUUUUUUGUAGUGAAAUCACCGUGGAGCUUGCUGAACUUGUGUGAAAUGGCUUUACGCGUGUGUCAUUCCAUUUUCAGAAAAUCUCUUCGCAGAGCAAUCAACACAAACUUCACUGCGCCACUCGAAAAUGCGUCACCAUCCCUUCAAACAGGUUCUUCGACUCUUCGUCUCCGGACAAAUAGGCAAACUGUCUUUCACUUCACUCCUGCCUGUUCUAUUGCUUCGGGGGUGAUUUUGGACAGAUUGGUAAAAGCCAAAGCGACAGACACAAAUGACGGUCUUGGUCUCCGUCCAACAGCAGUCCCACCAGAGCCAGGCCAUGUCCCUGUGGCUGUGUUGUUUUCAGCUGAGCACCUGUCUCUCCUUCUGAGACAUCCAGAUCAACCUGAGAAUCCUAGACUUAUCAGAGUUGCAGUCGUUGGUGCCCCAAAUGCUGGAAAAUCAACACUAACAAACCAGCUGCUUGGAAGGAAGGUGUUUGCGGUCUCAAAGAAAGUACACACAACCAGAUCUCGUGCUCUUGGUGUUUUUACAGAGGAUGACACCCAAAUUAUUUUACUUGACACUCCUGGACUCACCACCCCAGCAAAGGCAAAAAGACACCAGCUGGAGGACUCCCUGCUUGUGGAUCCGUCAAAUUCUUUACAAGAAGCUGAUCUUGUCGUGGUACUGGUGGAUGUGUCAGACAAGUGGACCCGCAACAGACUGGACUUUGAGGUGCUGAAGUGUCUUGCCCAGUAUCCACACAUCCCAGCUGUCCUUGUCCUCAAUAAGGUGGACCUGCUAAAGAGCAAAGCCAUGUUAUUGGACCUUACUGCUGAGCUGACUGAGGGGGUGGUCAAUGGCAAAAGUAUAAGAGUCAAGGGAUCUACAGCAGCAGCAACAACAAGCGCAUUCCAGAAGAGAGGCAAUGUUGAGGAACCAGACCCUACAGGCAAAAGACCCGCAGAGCCUGUCACAGGUGACCACAACCCUCGAAAUCUGAGCAAAGAAGAACAGAGGAAGCUGCGGUCGCAGAGAGGAUGGCCACAUUUCAAGGACGUGUUCAUGGUGUCCGCCUUGGAUGGAGAGGACGUUGAGACACUGAUGAGGUAUUUUAUGGUUGAGGCAAAGCCUGGCUCAUGGCUAUACCAUAGUGAGGUUUUGACAGACCAGAGUCCUGAAGAAAUGUGUACAAAUACCAUCAGAGAGAAACUUCUGGAGUACCUUCCUCAGGAGGUGCCAUAUACAAUGACCCAGCGAAUUGAACUUUGGAAUGAGCUGGAGAGCGGAGCACUGGUCAUAUCUGUGAAACUGUAUGUGAAGAAAGACGGUCAUAUGAAAAUGGUGAUUGGCUCAGGUGGCCAAUUGAUUUCCAAAAUUGCUCGUGAGGCGGGUGAAGAUCUAGCACAGAUAUUCCUACGGGACGUGCAGCUGAAGAUCACAGCCAAGGUGAAGAACUGAGGAUGUCUGCAGUGUUGAUCUCAGAAAAGGACUUUUCAUCUGUGCCAGCUGACUUAUGGCCUGUCACUUCAACAUGCAGUCUCUCAACUCUGUUUUUGACCCCAAAACCCAGUACUGCAGUUUGUCUGUUAAUUCAGUGAUGUUUUUCGUACAAGACAUAUACCGACGAAGUAACGGACAAGUUGCACGUGUUGACAACUACCACCAGUUGUGGUGGCUGACUGAUAAGGAAAAUGUAUGAGGCUUUUUUAGUAUGUCUUCGUGUUGCUAUAUCUGUCUUAUUGUUUGACCAGAAAAGGUUUCAUAAUGCUCGGUAUUAUAAUUUAUAUAAAUAAACUGUAUUUGGCAAUAACCUACAGGCCUCUUAAAACAAGAUUGACAAAACUUCAGUCCAUUAAGUCCAUAAAAGCCCAUAACUGAAUGUCCCUUGAAUGACCUUCCCCCUGCCUGCAUGUGUAUUUUCACUCCUCUAUAAAAGGUCCUUUUACCUCCUUACUUUCCGCGGUCUCUCAAAAAGACUCCCGAGUCAGUAGCCACAGAAAGGCACUUAGCCUCAGAGGACAAGAGACUCUCUAAUGGAAUGCAGAAUGGAGCACUGUCCUGGCUACACAAAUGGGUCUGAUAAUGGCGACCGUACGCCUUUCUGUCCGACUGUUUUAAGUUUGCACUGUGGUCAGUUUAAUGUCAGUCAUCUCAAGCUAAAGCCGUAGCCUUGGUAGGGGAGAACAGGGCAGGGCAGGGCAGGGCAGGGCUGUCCUGUCCUCUCCCCCUCAACUGAAUCAUGGACCCAACGGGAGUAGUAAACAGUGACCAGGACAUAAGAUCCAGGGCAGAAUAACCGAAGCUGCUGCAGUCUGUGGCUGCAUAUGUAUGAUUUGUGAAAAAUGUCUUUAAAUAGACAACAUUGUUUUAAUAAAUGGUGGAAGAAAAAGCCAUGCGUA